GGGGAAGGGAGGAAGUCAUCUCGUAAGCAAAAAACCGCAUUCCAGGGUGUAGUGUUAGGAUGUGGUGUUCCCUAUUGAUACACCAUUAGUGAUGAACGGUUGAAGAUUUAAAUAUCCUUAAAUGCCCUGGACUGGCUAGAAAAAAAAGGCACCUAUCGUUGUUUUAAGUAUUUUAUUUUCAAAUAAAUUUAUAUAUUUAUAUAAUAUAAUAAAAAAAUUGGACCCUAUACAAGUGACCACUUUACUCUUCCCUCAGCGCCCCCUAUAGAUUGCACCCCUAAUUGAUAAUGGAUAGAAAGAAUUGUUAGUAACUUCUGACUCGAUCUUAUACAUGCGUGCACUCCGCACAAUCCCCGUACAUAUAUUAUAGUACAAAUCAUGAAGCCCCUUAGCUCACAUGUUGGUUCCAGUUACUUAAAAUGACAUGGUGAUACUAAAAUCACCAACUAUCCUUCCCCAUUUUAGUGUAGCCCUUGAACAAACAUAACCUUAUCAAACAAACCAAACUAGUACAUAAUGAAAAUAUCGAAACGAUUGAAUUUCCACUUAGUAUCAUACAUUUGCAAAUACUCGAGAAUCAGGUUGUUCUAAGAAUUGAACCCAUCAACCCAUUUGAAUACCGGAAAGUAAUAUACAUACUAGUUUAUUGAAUUUCUAGCAUAAUACAACUUGACACAAUUAUAAAGCUGUGUGUCCCAGUCCUCUCAUAAUCGUAUCAAGGUCAAGUCCACAACCUCUUGAAAUGCGGCUACACUUCACAAUCACGUAGGUAACUCCUUUCCAUGUAUCCGCACAUACAUUUAUCAAAGGAAGUAUUAAGAAGUUAAACUUCAACCUGACUAACUUGCAGAACCGAACACAUACCUGGGAUGAAUACUUCAUGUGUUCCAAUCUAUAAGUAUGAGCUUUCCACAUCGAAUUCAACUCCUAACAUUAUAUUAGAAGGGAAUUGGGACAUUAUAGAAUUAAAUGGACUUUAAGCCCAUCCCAAUUACAGACUUGUGCACUAAGUCUCUUGUCAGACCUUUAGUCAAGUGAUCUGCCAAAUUUUGUUGCGAUUUCACAAACUCAACCGAAAUCACACCAUUCACGAUUAGUUCUCUAAUCAUACUAUGUCUAACACCUAGGUGUCUAGACUUGCCAUUAUAAACCUGGCUAUAUGCCUUAGCCAAAGCGGUAGCACUAUCACAAAGGAUAGAAAUAGGUGCUAUCGAUUUAGACCACAAAGGAAUCUCAUAGACUAAAUUCCUUAGCCACUCCGCUUCUUUACCAGCAGCUACUAACGCAACAAACUCAGAUUCCAUUGUUGAGUUUGUAAUGCAAGAUUGCUUCUUGGAAGCCUAAGAAAUGGCACCCCCCCCCCCCCAAGUAAGAAUACCCAACCAGAAGUUGAGGAAUGGUCCUCAUGUUGGUAAUCCAACUUGCAUCUUAAUGACCUUCUAAAACCGAAGGACUCCCCAAGUAACUCAAACCAUAAUUCAUGGUUCCCUUGAGAUACUUAAACACUCUAUUCACUGCUUGCCAAUGUUGAGCACUAGGAUUGCUAGUGUACCUGCUCAACUUACCUACAACAAAAGCUAUAUCAGGUCUGGUACUUGUCAUGACAUACAUCAAGCUACCAAUAGCCUUAGAGUAUUCCAAUUGCGAAAUGGGAACACCAUUAUUUGGCAUUAAUUUCACACUUGGGUCCAUAGGAGUACUCACAUGAGAACACUCGGUAAAAUUAAACCGCUUGAGAAUUUUCUCAAUAUAAUGACUUUGAGUCAUUACCAAUCCUUUGUUCAUCCUCUUAAUUCUUAUUCCAAGAAUUACAUCAGCCUCUCCUAAAUCUUUCAUGGAAAACUUGGAUGAUAACAAUUUCUUUGUUUCAUCCACUUGAUUUUGGUCGGUACCAAAAAUCAACAUGUCAUCUACAUAUAAGCAAAUGAUCAUUCCAGCUCUAGUAACAUCAUCAAAUCUACUAUAAACACAUUUUUCACAUUGGUUUGUCUUGAAACCAAAAGACAAAAUCACCUCAUCAAAUUUUUGAUGUCAUUGUUUUGACGCUUGUUUCAACCCAUACAAAGAUUUGACAAGUUUACAAACCAUAUGCUCUUUACCGGGCAUAAUGAAACCUUCUGGUUGUUUCAUGUAAACUUCCUCGUCAAGAUCACCAUUUAAAAAGGCUAUUUUCACAUCCAUUUGGUGAGUAACCAUAUUAUGAAUACUUGCCAAGGCUACCAACAAUCUAAUAGUAGAAAUACGUGUAACUGGAGCAUACAUAUCAAAAUAGUCAAUACCGGCUUUUUGUCUAAAACCUUGAAUGAAUAACCGGGAUUUGAAUUUGUCACUAGUCCCAUUAACAUUCAUUUUCUUUUUGAAAAUCCAUUUGCAACCAAGUGGUUUAGAACCCGGAGGCAAAUCAGACAACACCCAUGUGUUGUUCUCAAGAAUUGAUGACAUUUCAUCAUCAAUUGCUUCCUUCCAAAAGGCACUAUCACGAGACUCCAUGGCCUCUUGAUAAGUCUUAGGAUCAUCUUCAAUACUAUAACAAUAAGAGUAUUCAAGAUUAAUUUCAUCCCUUGAACCUUCCACCAAGUACAGUUGGAAGUCGGAUUCAAAAUUUUUAGCAAUUUGGCCUUUUUUGCUUCUACGAAUAUCUUGUGGUUCUUGCACGAUACCACCAUCUCGACUUUCUGAAUUUUGCUCUUUAUUAGCACCAAAAGUCAGAUCCUUAGGCCUUUGAAUCGAUGAAAAUCUCAUCUCAUCAAAAAUUGCAUCCCGCGAUUCGAUAACAGUGUUAAUUGGGACCGAAUCAUUAGGUUCUAUUACAUAAAACCUAUAUGUCUUGGAAUGUUCAACAUAUCUAAUGAAUAUAAAAUCAAUUCCACGUUCUCCUAAAUUUUUCUUUUUGGGCUCGGUAAGUUUUACAACUACCCGACAUCCCCAAACCCGAAAAUAACUCAAAUUCGACUUUUUCUUGAACCAAAGUUCAUAUGGGACUGUUUUGUUCCUUUUAUUUGGAACCCUAUUUAACAAAUAGCAGGCCGCUAACAUGGCCUCUCCCUAGAAUCCUUCACUCAAUCCCGAGUAAGACAACAUCGAGUUUACCAUUUUCUUUAAAACUCGAUUUUUGCAUUCAGCAAUACCAUUCUGUUGGGGCGUGUAAGGUGUCGUGGUCUCAUGAAUGAUACCCACUGAUUGGAAGUAUAUGGGAUCCAUAUAUUCACCUCCCCUAUCAAUCCUGAGACAUUUAACCGGAAUGCCCAAUUGUAAUUCCACCUCGGUUUUGUAUAUUUUGAAUUUAUCUAAGGCUUCAUUCUUAGAAUGCAACAAAUACACAUAGCAAAACCGAGUGCAGUCAUCAAUAAAAGUGACUACAUACUUUUUUAUUCCCUAAAGAAGGAGUGGAAUGAAAAUCACACAAGUCACUGUGUACAAGUUCGAAAACAGCUGAAUUUCUAGUGACACUAGGAAAUGGCUGUUUUGUCACUUUUGUAAGCAUGCAUGUUUUACAUAUAUCAGAUGUUAUAUCAAAGGCUAGAAUUAAUCCAUCUUUUGACAUCUCAUGCAUCGUUCUAAAGUUGACAUGAUCUAAUCUUACAUGCCAAAGCAUAGAUUUAUCAACAUUAGAAGGAGAAGAUACAAAUGCAGAAUUCUGAACAGGUAGUAAUUUGUCAACAAUAUUCAAACGAAACAUUCUAUUAUUUAAAUAUCCAAAUCCAACAAACAUUCCACCCUUAGACAAAACAAACUUAUCCGACUCAAUAACUUGUUUAAAACCAUCAGAAUUCAAAAAACUAGAGUUAACAAGAUUCUUACGAAUCUUGGGAACAAACAAAACAUCAAAUAACCUAAUUGUCUUUCCAGAAGUAAUUCAAGACACACGACACCUAAACCACAAAUAGGAAUAAAAGAAUCGUCUCCCAUUUUUAGCAUCGAUCCAUCUUCAGGCGGAGUUAAUGUUUCAAACAUCCGUUUAUACGUGCAUACAUGGUUCGUUGCUCCGGAGUCGUUCCACCAAGAAACAUCAUCAUCCUGCACAUAGAAUGAUUCAGGGAUAAAUGAAACAUAAUAAACAUAAUUCUGAUUAGAAUUAUCAAAGUUAGUCAAAAACUGACAUCCUUUAACUUGAGCCCAAAAACCCGUUCACUUUCCCAUUGGCUCUACUGUUUUCCAGCACCAUUGUUGCCCAAAUUCACACGGCAAUCACGUUUGCAAUGCCCAACUUGAUUGCAUCUCCAACAAACCAGAUCCUUUCUCUUUUUGUUGGAGUUGCUUGGGACAUGUUCCUACUUACGUUUGCCAUGUCCUUUGUGGUUCUGGUUCCUUGGUUUGUUUUCAACCAUAUGAACCGAGGGCUGUCCAGGUUCAACUUUUCCUUUGGGUUUUUCAGAUUUGUCACUUUCCUUCGCACAAAUAGAUUCUUCAAUACGAAUGUGACUAGCAAGUUGAACCAAUGACAGUUCCUCCUUUUGAUGUUUCAAGUUAUGUUUGAAGUCUUUCCAGGACGGAGGCAGUUUGUCAAUGAUAGUGGACACAACAACGGAUUCAUCCAUAUUCAUACGGUGCAGUUUAAACUGACCGUAUAUGCCAAGGAGUUCAUUGUAUUGUUCAGUGACAGACCUUGAAUCUUCCAUCUUAUAAUUAUCAAAGUCACUGACUAGAAACUUCUUGCUAGAAGCAUCCUCGGUAAUGUAUUUCAGUUGAAGAGUGUCCGUCCCACAACUCCUUGGCACACAAGGCUUCACUAUGGAUAUCAAAUAAAGAAUCAGACAUAUCGUUCAGAAUGUGACCUUUGCAGAUGUAGUCAUCAUUGUCCCACUUCUGUCUCUUUCUUGUCUCUUCAGCCGUCUCAACCACACCUUCUGCAGGAUCUACCGGUCUUGGAGUAGUUAGCAUGUAUGCUGCUUUCAGAGUGAUUAGCAUGAAGUGCAUCUUUUUCAUCCAAUGCCUGAUAUCGACACCUUCAAACUUCUCAAGCUUGGCAAACUUAGUGGUCAUCUCCCGGAUUGAGUCACACAUCUCCAGAAAUAGAAAUAUCAGUUUGAAUGUAGGGAAUAUAAGGGUUUGUAGUGGAGAUCUGGAUACCAACUUGGAUCGUGAUAUCACUUUCCGAACUGAUAUUUCUACCCUAUGCCUGGGUUACAAGAAAUUCAGCCUAGGAUAAUCCAAGUGGACACUUACGUUUCUAGGCACAGAAAACGUAAGCCAGUAUGCUAGAGGAUUCUAUGAAAGUAUGAUGAAAACAAGAGCUUAAGAUCGUAACCCUCUUCUGGAGAGGAAGAGCUGUUUAAAUAUUAAACACGAUUAGGGUUUCAUUAGGGUUGGGCCGUCGUUAGUUGCUUUGGAAGCAAGUAAUGUCAAUCCGAAUUUAAUGAAGAUUUAGGGUUACCAAAAACUAACGAGUUUCGUUAGUUUUACCAUAAUCAACCUCAAGAAAUUGAAUUUUCCAUUAUGUUCCCAAAUGUAAGAUUCGGUGAGAAUUCGUUAGUUGUACCAUAAUCACCCUCAAGGGUUUCAUUAGAGCUUUGCCCCUUGGACCCCACUAGGGGCGUUGCCCCUAGACACCGCCAAAGGGGCGCUGCCCCUUUGGAAUCCCGGACCCCGACUAGUCGUUGAACCGGCUUCUGACUCGAUCUUAUACAUGCGUGCACUCCGCACAACCCCGUACGUAUAUUAGAGUACAAAUCAUGAAGUCCCUUAACUCACAUGUUGGUUCCAGUUACUUAAUAUAUAUCACUGUUCAUUUCAAUUAUUUGCAGGAUCAAAUACAGUGGAGUGAUGACAAGAACCUAAAGCAUAUUUAUAGAAGGAGAGGUGGGAGUGAUGAUAGGAACCUACAACAUAAUGAGUGGUUACAAACGGUACAGUCUGAACCAGAUGUGAUCACAAUGUCCUUCGUUCCAAUAACCUCUUUGCUAAAUGGUGUUAGGGGAAGUGGAUUCUUAAGUCAUGCCAUAAAUCUCUAUUUACGCUAUAAACCUCCAUUCGAAGAGCUUCACCAGUUUCUGGACUUCCAGCUACCAAGACAAUGGUCCCUUAUAUUCAGUGAGCAGCAUGAGCAGCAAAGUUCAACGUAUUUACAGUUCAGGAUUUCUGGGCCCAAGCUCUACAUAUAUACCAAUCUGGUCGAUGUAGGUAAGAUGCCCAUAACGGGCCUCCGACUUCACCUCAAUCCUGAUAGAAACAAUCAAUUAGAGAUCCACCUACAACACCUCACCUCUCCCCCAAAAUUCUUCCAACUAGAAGACUCGGUAACCAGAAUCUUAAAUUCUGAUUGUGACGAUCCCAAAUACUAUGAACGGCUCCAAGGGAUUAUCUAUGACCACAUCUGCACCGCCCCGGUUGAGUCCGAAGACAAAUUCUCAAUCGUAACCGGAGCCCAGUUACAAGUCGGGAAUCAUAGGUUCAAAAAAGUCCUCUUCUUACGCCUCCAGUUCUCAAAAGUACUCGGUUGCACUGCAAACAAGAAUCCAGAAUGGGAUGUGUCUCCAAUCCAGAAAGCGGAAUCUUCAAUUGCUUUCACGGAGAAGGUCCUCCCACAACAGUUUCAAGCCAUUCACGCCCCACUGCACGAACCGAAGCUUGUGGUCCAUACAAAGAAGAUGCAGAAGCUAUUACAUCUUGUGGACACGACGGAGGUGAAACGGGGCCCACAAGAGAGCCCAGGGUAUUGGGUUGUCUCAGGAGCUAGACUUGUUGUGGAGAAGAGAAAUAAUUCUCUUCUUAUAUUACAUCAAAAGAUCUCUCUUGAGGUUAAAUACUCUUUGCUCGAUUGUUAAUUCGAUGAAAAUGUGGCCGAUUAGGUGAUGGUUUAGGUCGUUCUGAACUCGUGUUUCGAGAUGUCACGGUAAUAUAAUGUUUUCAAGAGUAACAUGCUACAUAAUUUUGCCACUUGUGAAACGAAAUGUCAAGUUAUGAGGUUCAUUGUGAUUGUAAAGACCUCAAAGCGAUUUGUUUGGGUGUACUAAUUUCUAGAUACACAUACGCUUUUUGAAAUGCAAAAUUUUCAAAUAGAUUGCAUAUUUAUCCUUCUAUUUGAUAGGAGAUGAAGAAAUGCUUUGAUGAAGAACUAACAAUUCAUAUGCACAUAGAUGUGUGUCUUGAAACGCACUUGCAACAAAAGGACAAGAACAAGUCAUAAUUACAGACUGCAGUAGGCGGAACACAAGUUUUGAUAAACAAAGGGAUACAAGUCAUAUCAUAAAAGUCAUAGUUAUUCCAAAAUUCCCAAUUUGAUGUAUUCUUUUGCUUUUAAUAAUUGCCAACCCCGUGUUUUUUCAACCAUAUGUGUUAUUGUUAACAUACUACUUGACUAGCAUCAAACAAGUCUCAUGUCUCAAUUAGCUAAAUUACUAUUGUGCAUCUUCUUGAUGGUUUCAUAGUUCAUUUAUAAUGUUCUCAGGUUCAAUUGCCAGCCACACAGUAGCUAAUCAUCUUAAGUAGUCAAAUUCUACCAUCACUACAAGUAGGUUCCAAUCAACUACUUUGAGCAUCAUGAAACUGCAUAGAACUGACUUGAUAUUCUUUUAUGAUGAACCUAGUCAGUUUGCGUGAAUCUUUAGACAAGAAAAUUGUUCUGCUUAGGAUGAUUGACUCUAGUUGAAAUGUGAAAAUCUUUAAUUUACUAAACAGCCUUGUCAGCUUCGAAUAAAUUGACUAAUCAACUUGAGAUUUUCCUUUAAUGGAACGAUCACUGAAACAUUUGCAUGAAUAUAUUGAGUGACACACACACACACACACACAUUUUGUGUGUACAACUUGCCCAACGUUAGGGUUCUUGGUUUGUAUGUUGUAAACAAGAAAGCAUGUGUAUCUUGUUUGAGGUGACAACAUUUUGGAAGUGCAGGUUAUUGAAAAGGGUCGUUGAGUACAAAAAGCCACGUCUUUAAAUCUGAAACAAGACAUUUUGUGUUUGAACAUAAAUUGUUAAAGAAUAUUGAUGAUUUUAGAGUCAUUAAGUCAUUUUUAGGUAACUGGUUGGAUUCCCAACUUGAUUCAUGUGAAGGCCCCCAAUUCCACUCUAAUUUUCGCAAAGCCAUACUUGCUGGGAGCAUAUGACAUUUCUUCCCAUUGUUUGCAAAAGAGAACUACUGUGAACCAUAACUGUGUUAGUACUUGUUUUGAAAUUCUAGUAGCUAGAACCUUGUUCAUAUGCUUGACAAAUGACAACAACUAAAUUAUGUUUAUGAAUAUCUUAAAAAUGGUAGGAUUGAAUCAUUUAUUAGCUGUUGUUUGGAAUUGGAUAUAUAAUGUUUAAAAAAUAUUUGAAAAAUGACUGCGCAUAUAGGGAAAUAAACUAUAAAAACUAAAUGUAGACAAAGUUGUAAAAAG